AUGCUGGCUGUAGUGCAAGCAGUAUAUGAACUACUUGGGCGGGCGGCGGUGCCCCCCGUAUAUCCAGUAUCUACUAAGGAUCACGUAGAUAAAAUCUUUGACCUGAUGGACACGAACGGCGACGGCGUGGUGAGUCCGGAGGAGCUGGCACGCUGGUGCGCGCGCGAGCCGGCGCUGCUGCAGUCGCUGCAGAGGCUUGACACGGUGUUGUGA